GAUGAAGAAACACGCCUCUCCCCAACAUUGCUUUCCUCUGCUCUCAAUCUUCUUCGCCAUCAUCCCCUUCUCUAGUUCUUUCGACUACCACCAAGCUCUCUCCAACUCUCUCCUCUACUUCGAAACGCAGCGUUCCGGUCGCUUACCCCACAACCAGAGAGUCACUUGGCGUGAUCACUCCGGCCUCACCGACGGCUUAGAACAAGGCGUAGACUUGGUGGGAGGCUACUACGACGCCGGCGACAAUGUUAAGUUUGGUCUACCGAUGGCCUUCACAGUCACGAUGCUGUCGUGGGGUGUUAUAGAGUACGGCCAGUAUAUGGCCAGCGCCGGCGAGUAUGGUCACGCGCUUGAGGCCAUCAAAUGGGGGACGGAUUACUUUAUCAAAGCUCAUACUCAACCCAAUGUCUUGUGGGUACAGGUGGGGGAUGGCGACACCGAUCACUACUGCUGGCAACGGCCGGAGGACAUGACGACAUCGCGGCAAGCUUACAAGAUCGACGAGACAAACCCGGGUUCGGAGGUGGCCGGAGAGACGGCAGCAGCUAUGGCGGCUGCUUCUAUUGUGUUCAGAAAAACAAACCCACACUACUCUCAACUCCUACUACACCAUGCUCAGCAGUUGUUUGAGUUUGGAGACAAGUACAGAGGAAAAUAUGACAAAAGCGUAGGAGUGGUGAGUAGCUACUAUCCAUCGGUGAGUGGGUACCAGGAUGAAUUGCUGUGGGCCGCUUUGUGGCUAUACAGAGCCACCGACAAUCAGUCUUACUUAAAUUAUGUGCUUCAAAAUGCCCUCUCUUUUGGUGGGAUCACCUGGGCCAUUUCUGAAUUCAGCUGGGACGUUAAAUAUGCUGGGCUUCAAAUCAUUGCUUCCAUGCUGCUGAGGGAGGAGAAAAACAAGGUGCACAAGCCCACGCUAGAGCAGUACCUCUCCAAGGCACAGCACUAUCUCUGCGCCUGCCUCCACAAGAACAAUCGGAGCAACGUGGAUCGCACCCCAGGAGGCCUGCUCUACACCCGCCAAUGGAACAACAUGCAAUACGUAUCAAAUGCUGCAUUUUUGCUCACAGUCUACUCCGAUCAUCUCCGGGAAGCAAAUCAACAACUCAACUGCCACGGAGAAUUGGUGGGCCCAGAGGAGAUCCUCUCCUUCGCUAAAUCUCAAGUCGACUACAUUUUGGGCGCCAAUCCUAUGGCCAUGAGCUACCUAGUGGGCUAUGGCCCGAAGUACCCGACAAAGGUGCACCACAGAGGUUCAUCUACCGAAUCAUACAAGCACGACAAGGGUUUUAUCGGGUGCACCCAGGGGUACGAUGGCUGGUACGCCCGACCCCAUCCUAACCCACAUGUACUAGUCGGAGCCCUUGUAGGUGGGCCCGAUGUCAACGAUCGGUUUAGGGACGACAGGGGAAAUUACGUGCAAACCGAGGCUUGCACGUAUAAUACGGCGCCACUUGUCGGGGUAUUCGCUAAGUUAUUUGGAUUAGAAAGUACUGAAUUGUCUUCUAAUCCAUCUUUAAUCUCUUCGUGGUAGGUAGGAAGUGAUAGGGAAAUUUUUUUGAUCUCAAUGGAUUGGUUAUAGUGGAAGCCCAUUGAUCAAAACCCUAAUCAAAUUAGGGUUUAUAUGUAAACUUUGUUUUCACAUGUUUGAUAUGUUUCUCGAUCUAUAAUUUACUAGAAGUUUAAAACA